UAUAUAUUUUUGGAAUUGACAAAUAUGUUACAUAUUUUAUGAGGUAUAAUAUGUCCGAAAAAUAUGUGAAGGAAAUUUUUGAGAAGCUUGAUGAAAUUGAGAAAUUACAUGCAAAACUGCGCAGUUUGGUGCCUCGCGUAAAAAAUAAUGAAUUAGAAAUCACGGAAAACAAACAAUCUGUUGCGAAAGAAACGAAAGAGAAUAAACAUUUACCAGAACAAAAAACUAUCAAUUUAAAAUCAAGGAUAAGAACGUUAUUCGGUAAAAAAACAAAACCUCAUUUAAUAAAAUAUUUUAAAAAGUUUAAAAGUAAUUCUGGCAAUAAAUGGAAAGAAUUAAAAAAUCGUUUAGCAACUCUAAACGAACCUGACAUUAUAAUGGUAAGCAGAGCUUCUCAAGUAUCAGAUGGUGAUAUAUCAAAAUUAAUUUCAAGAGAAAAAUCUCCAAAAAAAAAUAGAAAAUUUAACAAAAAAAAAUCGGCGCCGCAAGAUUGUCCAGAUCAAGUUUUAAAACACUUAGGUUAUUUUUACGAUUCUAACCCAAUUUUAAAUGACUAUGUAGUAUCAAUGCAUGAUCAUGGUUUAGGUAAAAAUACACCUCAUAAAGUGCAGAAAAAGGCAAUUAUCCAAGACGAGGAUACUGAAACAUUAAAAAUUGUUUCAUCUGCAAAGAAAAUCCCAACGACUCCCGACGAUGGAUUAAAAUGGUCUUCAUUACUCCGUCACAACCCGUCCCCAUAAAUUAUCAGGAAAAUACUGACGUUCAAUUAGAAAUACAAUACAUAUUUCUUUGAUGAAUUCUAAGAUUAAUGAAAUAAUAUAUUAUAAAUAAUAUAUAAGUACCGUCAUAAGAACUUAAUUAUAAUAAGAAAAAUAAGCCGUAUGAAGUAUGAAACAUAGGAUGCAAUAAGAAGAUUGAUAUUCCAUAAUUUUUUUUUAUAUAUAUAUAUAUAAAUAUAAUUUUUAUUUUAUUCAUUUAAAACU